AUGUUACAGACUGAAGUCACAUUUUGUCUGGUUCAGCUAGCCUGCUCCUGCCUCCUCUGCUGUUUUUGUUUUUGUUCAAUCUUAGCUCCACCAAAGCUGUCUUCAUAUGCAAAAACUGAGGACAAGCUUCUCAAAGAUCUGUUCAGCAACUACCAGAAAUGGGUGCGACCAGUGGAACAUCUUAAUGGGACAGUACGGGUUAAAUUCAGAUUGGCCAUCACGCAGCUGGUAGAUGUGGAUGAGAAGAACCAGCUGAUGACCACCAAUGUCUGGAUGAAGCAGGAAUGGGUUGACACAAAGCUGAGAUGGAACCCUAAACACUACCUGGGUAUAACAUCUAUUAGAGUGCCAUCAGACUCCAUCUGGAUUCCUGACAUUGUUCUCUUUGAUAAUUCAGAUGGAAAUUUUGAGGCCACAGCUACUAAAGCAGUGGUAAAGUAUGAUGGCACGAUCUCCUGGACACCCCCUGCUAACUACAAAUCUGCCUGCACAAUAGAUGUUACCUUCUUUCCUUUUGAUCUUCAGAACUGCUCCAUGAAGUUUGGUUCCUGGACCUAUGAUGGCUCACAGGUAGACAUAAUCCUAAAGGACGUCCAUGUGGAUAAGCGAGACUACUUUGAUAAUGGUGAAUGGGAGAUUGUAACAGCUACAGGCAGUCGAGGUUUAAGGAUGGACAGUACUGGUUCCUAUCCCUUCAUCACUUACUCCUUCAUCAUCCGACGCCUUCCACUGUUUUACACGCUCUUCCUUAUCAUUCCUUGUAUUGGACUGUCCUUUUUGACUGUGCUGGUUUUCUACCUUCCUUCUAACUGUGGAGAGAAGAUCUCUCUUUGUACUUCAGUUCUCGUCUCACUUACUGUCUUUCUCUUAGUGAUAGAGGAGAUCAUCCCGUCCUCGUCCAAGGCGAUUCCACUCAUUGGGGAGUAUCUGGUCUUCACUAUGAUCUUUGUCACAUUGUCCAUCAUCAUCACAGUCUUUGCCAUCAACAUUCACCACCGCUCUUCGUCCACGCAUAACGACAUGGCACCCUGGGUCCGCCGCAUCUUCCUACACAGUCUGCCCAAGCUUCUCUGCAUGCGUAGCCAUGUGGACCGCUACGCCUCGUCAGGAACAGCAGAAUUAAAUGGUGGAAAGAGUUCAAAACCUGGGGGCAACCAUCUGCUUAGUUCAGCACACAAUCUGCAGUCGGCACUGGAUUCAAUUAGAUACAUCACUCUUCAUGUGGUAAAGGAGAACCAAGUCAGAGAGGUUGUUCAAGACUGGAAGUUUGUGGCUCAAGUGCUGGAUCGAGUUUUCCUGUGGGCCUUCUUAUCAGUCUCUGUGCUUGGUUCUGCUCUCCUCUUUAUUCCUGUUAUUUAUAAAUGGGCCAAUAUUAUCGUUCCAAACUAUGCUGAUAACAGCAGCUGAACUUUUCCAGUAUCUGUAAGUCAUCUCUAAAUGCUGUACAUGUAGGCCUAAGUGAACUGUAUGCUGUUGAAGUCUGAUCCAGGCCAAAGAGGAAGCGUGUAGCCAGUGUAAAAUUCCAAAGACAGGAUUCAUUGCUGUAUGUGAAUGUAUUAGGGACCGUAGUAUGAGUAAGGACAGUAAGACCUUUAAUAACACUGAAAGAAAUGUACACAUAUUGAGCAACAUGCUUAAUGUGACAAUACCAAGCCAAAUUCUGCAGGUGUUACAUAGCAUGACUGUAAAAUCAAAAAGUACACUGACCUUCCUACAGUUCAAACAUGUCUCAUGCUAAAACCAUGAGGCAUUUUUAUGCACAAAAUACAACAAAAAAGGCCUGGUAUUGUUGUCAGGCUAAAGACGGGAUCAAUUGGUAUCCUUAGUUUUCAAAUGAUUGUGGUAAACAUGCUCCAGUCCCAACUUUUUAGGCACAUGUUAUGAAUGUAUAUUUACAGUAAAACUAUAACAUUUAAA